ACCGGAUACCCAUUCACUUCUGCUCGUCGCAAAUUCGAAAUCGCGCUUUUGAAACUUCGUGGGGACUUUGGAUUUUUAACGGCACCUUACCUUGUAAGGAGAUCAUCGCGUUUCCGACUUCGUCGUUCGUUCACCAGAUUCCAUUCUCGCGACUAUGGGUGACUUCAAUUACGGAGGGACAGAGGAGGAGUCCGCUGAGAUCAAGAAGCUCAACGCCGAAGUUCUCGAAGACCCCGAUAACUUCGAAAACUGGGAGAAGCUUGUUCGCGCGACGGAGACUCUCGAAGGCGGCUUGAAUCGCAACUCCAGCCCGCAAGCAAUUGCAACAACCCGAGAUGCGUACGACCGUUUUCUUGCCAAGUUCCCUCUCUUGUUUGGCUACUGGAAGAAGUAUGCCGACCUGGAAUUCUCUAUUGCCGGGACUGAGGCUGCUGAGAUGGUGUUUGAGCGAGGUGUCGCAAGUAUCACAACAUCAGUGGACUUAUGGACGGAUUAUUGCUCUUUCAAGGUUGAGACAAGUCAUGAUCCUGAUGUGAUCAGAGAGCUGUUCGAACGUGGUGCUGCAUGUGUCGGCUUGGACUUCCUUGCUCACCCCUUCUGGGACAAGUACCUCGAGUUUGAAGACAGAUUAGAGGCGCAUGAUAAGAUCUUCGCCAUUUUGGAUCGCGUCGUGAAGAUUCCCAUGCAUCAAUAUGCCCGAUACUUUGAGCGUUUCCGACAAAUGGCACAUACUCGCCCACUGCAGGAGCUACUCCCUGCCGAAACUCUUGCUCAAUACCGAGCCGAGGUCGAGGCCGAGAAUGCAACCUUCCAAGCAGGUCCAAAGGGAGAGUUAGAGAUCGAGCGGGAGAUCCGGACCAAGAUUGAUAAUUUCCACUUGGAAAUAUUUACGCGCACUCAGACCGAAACAACAAAACGCUGGACUUAUGAAUCGGAAAUCAAGCGCCCAUACUUCCACGUUACGGAGCUUGAUCAUGCGCAACUGGCCAAUUGGAGAAAGUACCUCGACUUCGAAGAAGCUGAGGGUGACUAUACAAGAGCUGUGUUCUUGUACGAGCGAUGCUUGGUCACUUGUGCCUUCUACGACGAGUUCUGGUUCCGAUAUGCUCGAUGGAUGUCUGCGCAACCGGGAAAGCAAGAGGAAGUCCGAAAUAUCUACCAGCGUGCAAGCACAAUCUACGUUCCGAUCAGCCGCCCUGGCAUUCGAUUGCAAUAUGCCUACUUUGAGGAGAUGUCUGAGCGUGUCGACGUUGCCCGCGAUAUUCACCAAGCCAUCUUGGAUCGUAUGCCUGGUCAUGUCGAGACGGUUGUGUCGUGGGCAAAUCUUGAACGCCGUCAAAGUGGUCUUCCAGCUGCUAUCGAGGUCUACAAAGCCCAGAUCGACAAUCCCGCUGUUGAUAUCUUUGCUAAAGCUGCAUAUGUUGUGGAGUGGGCUUUCUUGCUGUGGAGAAUUCAGGGUUCAGUCGAUGAAGCUCGCCAAGUAUUCCAGAAGAAUCAACAAUGGUACCUCCAAAGCCGUCACUUCUGGGUCAAGUAUCUUGAAUUCGAGCUGGCGCAGCCUACUAGUUCCGAAAAGGAGGCCGAGCACUAUGCAACUAUCAAGCAGAUAUACAAUGACAUGAUUCAAAAGAGUCGCAUGUCAUUGGCCACGAAGAGGGAUAUUAGCAACUAUUACUUGUCAUACCUCCAGCAGCGGGGAACCAAGGGGGCCAUGAAGGAAUUUCUGCAAAUUGAUAAGGAGCUCAACGGACCUGUCUCAGUACAGCCCGCGAUCUUCAAGGCAUCAGCUGGGAAGGGGCUGGAGAAUGGACAUUCCGUUGGCGAGAUUGACGAGGCUACAUUACGCAAAGGAGAGGUCCAGUACAGUACGUACUUCUCACAACACGGCGAGUUACCACCCAACGCUCAAGGCCUCGCUCCAUUCCACUAAACUAUCCCAAUAUCUUGACAUGGUUGAUUAUGUCUCGCCGGCUUUCACAUCGCUUCAUCGCAAGCUGGCUUUUUUAACGCUCGAAAAGAAGAAAAAAAGGAGCGUCGGAUGGAUAUUCUUGCAUGUAUGAUAGGCUUUCUACU